AUGGCUCUGGCUUUGGACGCUCUGCUGGCUAGGGUGAAGGACGUAUGCCGGAGAAAUGGGCUGCUCAUUCUGUCGGUGCUGUCUGUCAUUGUCGGCUGCCUCUUGGGCUUCUUCCUGAGGACCCAGCACCUCUCACCUCAGGAAAUUAGUUACUUCCAGUUCCCUGGAGAACUGCUGAUGAGGAUGCUCAAGAUGCUGAUUCUGCCCCUUGUCGUCUCAAGCUUGAUGUCAGGUCUUGCAUCCUUGGACGCCAAGACCUCCAGCCGCUUGGGAAUCCUCACCGUGGCCUACUACCUCUGGACCACCUUUGUCGCUGUGAUUGUGGGCAUCAUCAUGGUCUCCAUCAUCCACCCCGGUGGUGCAGCUCAAAAGGAAACCACUGCCCAGAGUGGGAAACCCAUCAUGAGCUCGGCCGAUGCUCUGCUGGACCUCAUCAGGAAUAUGUUUCCUGCAAACCUAGUUGAAGCCACCUUCAAACAGUACCGCACCAAGACCACUCCCAUGGUCAAGUCCAACAAGGCAGUGACGUCAGAGGCUACCCCUCAGCGGAUCCUCAUCUAUGGAGUCCAGGAGGAGAAUGGAUCCCAGGUACAGAACUUCGCCCUGGACCUCACGCCUCCCCCAGAGGUGGUGUACAAGUCCGAGCCGGGCACGAGCGACGGCAUGAAUGUGCUGGGGAUCGUCAUCUUCUCGGCCACUAUGGGGAUCAUGCUGGGCCGCAUGGGAGACAGCGGGGCGCCCCUGGUCAGCUUCUGCCAGUGCCUGAACGAGUCCGUCAUGAAGAUCGUGGCCGUGGCUGUGUGGUACUUCCCCUUCGGCAUCGUCUUCCUCAUUGCUGGGAAGAUCUUGGAGAUGGAUGACCCCUCGGCCAUCGGGAAGAAGCUGGGCUUCUAUGCUGUCACCGUGGUCUGCGGCCUGGUGGUGCACGGACUCCUCAUCCUGCCCAUGCUCUACUUCGUCAUCACCAAGAAGAACCCCAUCGUCUUCAUCCGGGGAGUCCUUCAAGCCUUGCUCAUCGCCUUGGCCACCUCUUCCAGCUCAGCCACUCUACCCAUCACCUUCAAGUGCCUGCUGGAAAACAACCACAUCGACCGGCGCAUUGCCCGCUUUGUGCUCCCCGUGGGUGCAACCAUCAACAUGGACGGGACGGCCCUCUAUGAAGCCGUGGCAGCCAUCUUCAUCGCCCAAGUCAACAACUAUGAGCUAGACUUUGGCCAGAUCAUCACCAUCAGCAUCACAGCCACAGCGGCCAGCAUUGGGGCAGCAGGGAUCCCACAGGCAGGGCUCGUCACUAUGGUCAUCGUGCUCACCUCCGUGGGGCUGCCCACUGAUGACAUCACACUCAUCAUUGCUGUGGACUGGGCCCUAGAUCGUUUCCGGACCAUGAUCAACGUCCUGGGCGAUGCGCUGGCUGCAGGGAUCAUGGCUCACAUCUGCCGGAAGGAUUUUGCCCGAGAUGCGGGCACAGAGGGCCAGAAGCCACCGCCGUGCGACACCAAACCGGUCAGCCUGGAAGAGAUCGUGGCCUCCCAGAGGAACGGCUGUGUGAAAAGCAUGACGGGGGCCCACGGGCCAGCCCUGGACACGGCGCUUCUCUCUCACCACGUCCCUGUGCAAGUGGAACAAGACGACGAGCCCGCUCCGUCCCUGCCGAGCACUGACCAUUGCACCAUCGAGAUCAACGAGCUGGAGACCAACGUCUAG